AGUUUACUACAUAGGCGCCCUUUCCGUCGAAUAAUUCAUAAUCAAAUUUAUAUUACAAUGAGCAAAACGGAGUUAAAUCCGUCGAGAUGGUUAGAGGCCCAUUCCGAUAGAAGUGCGGAUUUAACGACGUUGCCAAAACAUUUGUUACUUGCCAAUAUUUGUGGUGAUGGAGACUACAGAUUGGUUUUGGUUGAUGCUAAGUUUGGUGACGACAUUUCGGCUCGGCUGAAAGUCUACAAGGGUACGGUGUUGUGCUCGGACCAAUCGCUACCCGACGUUCCUAGUGCCUUAAUUAGUUUCUAUGUCGAUGGCAUCGAACCAAGAACUCCUGUCUUAGGGGUAGCUUGUGGAUCAGAUCUACUGAUAUAUAAGAACAGCAAACCAUUCUACAAAUUCUCGAUUCCACCCCUAUCCAUAUCAGCCCUCGAACAGGACGUAUGGCAAAAACUCUGUCUCUCCUCAGACGAACCCUAUGAGAAAAUAAUUGAGGCGCUGGAAUCAGUUCCUUUAAGUGAGCUAUCGGGGAGAUCUCAGAAGUUGCUGACGCUAGCGCAACAGGAGAUUGAAGACUACGUGUACAAAUACCGAAACGCGGAGUUGAGGAGAAUAUGUCCGAUAACGUGUAUGACCACUCUGUAUCGUAACUCCGAAGAUGCCACAUCAGUUUCCUAUCCAGUUUUGGCAACGGAGUUCGGUCAGUUGUACGUUUUGGAUUCACAAACAUUCACGAUACUUCAUGAGGCCAGGAUAAGUAACACAAAGGCAACUCCGAGCAUUGUGGUUGCGGCAGGGAAGUUUGAAGUGGAAUUUCGUAUCCUAGUGGCGUGCAGGGAGCGGUACGUCACGCUUAUCCGAAAAGAUUGGCUGGAAGGUAAAAAUAUCCUACAAACCACCGCGUCGAUUGUUGACAUGCUUAUAAUGCCCGGUGACAAGUUCAUAUGUAUCGCAACAUCCGAUAAAAUGCUCAAUUGCUACUCGAAACGGGGCAAUAAGCUGUGGUCGGUUGCAACAGCUCAAGCGAUUACGUGCAUUUCACUAGUACCGCUACAGCACUUAAGCUUGUCGCUGGUCGCCGUUGGAAUGCAAGGGGGCUCAAUCCACUUAUAUCACAGUCGGCACCCAGUCGAUUACAUUUCCGCCCCCGACACACCAUCGGCGAUCGUGUUCGGGCAGAUGGGCCAAGAGGACCAUGUCAUGGUGAUAAUAACUUUAGGUGGAACGAUAAACUUCAAGAUACUGAAACGGACGGCAGAUUUUGGUUUGAAUCAAGAUACGGGAAUAUCGCCAACGAUUCAAAGUAAACCAUUACCAUUGCCGAAGAGAAGCAAACUGUUUUUGGAACAAAGCCUGCGAGAAAAACAAAAUCCUACUGAUAUGCAUCAAAGCUUUCAACAGGACCUGAUAAGAUUACGUUUGACAUCUGCUAGGACUUUGCUUCAAAUUAACAGUGAUCAAUCAGGAAUUGGAAACACCAAGGAGCAAAUUAAGUUAUCGGCGCAGGUGCUAGGUUUGGGUCCAACAUUCACAUUAAUUCUAACGGUAGAAAACAUGAACCCAGACAAGGCAUUAAUCCAGUUAUCCGCAAUAUUUCAUUGCAAUCCAGAAAACUACCAACUGUCUUUGUAUACGCUACCGAUUCCUUUUGUACCACCGAGUCUUUCGUACAAGAUCCAUAACAAGGUUAUUGAAUGCCUAAAUGAUGGUUUACCUAAAGACGAAGCGCAAGGCAAUAAUACAAUUAGAGUAUUUAUUGUAAGAAAUGAACAAAUUCAGCCGGUUCUUGCUGCAACCAUUAAUAUGCCACCGACAGAUCCUCUCGCCUUUACUAUGUAA